CUGGUAACAAAUCGAGGUGCUCCGCGUAUCAAUCAGACAACACUCCUCAAACAUGCCUCCGAGAUUCACCCUGACGCUCAAUGCGUCCGCGGCCCUGCGAAUCGGGCGAUCGGUUGUACGGCACGUGCGAUACUCGACCGAGGCCAACACGGGACCCCUCAUCCGCGUCACGAACCUUCCCGCGCCCAAUUCGGGUCACAUUCGCAUCCUCGAGCUCAACCGGCCUGCGGCGCGCAAUGCCAUAUCGCGAGCGCUACUAUCCUCUCUUCGCGACGAGAUCGACGCUGUACACGAACAGUACGACGCCGCGACGGGGGAGGAACUUCCGACCCCGUCGUGGAACAAGCGCUUCGGCGGCGUGGCGGGUGAUGACCAAAAGGGCCCAACAAGAGCCCUGAUUCUCGCCUCAGCGGUUGACACAUCCUUUUGUGCCGGCGCAGACCUGAAAGAGCGCAAGUCCUUCACCCAAGAGGAAACCGCCGCGUUUCUCCUCAACCUCCGCACGACCCUCACCUCCCUCUCCGCCCUGCCCAUCCCCACCAUCUCCGCCAUCUCCUCCCUCGCCCUCGGCGGCGGCCUCGAGCUGGCCCUGGCCACCCACUUCCGCGUGCUCACCUCCAACGCCGUCGUCGGCCUGCCCGAGACCCGCCUGGGCAUCAUCCCCGGCGCCGGCGGCACCUACCGCCUGCCGGCCCUGAUCGGCAUCCCGCGGGCCCGCGACCUCAUCCUGACGGGCCGGCGCGUGUCGGCGCCCGAGGCGUACUUUCUGGGGCUGGCGGACCGCCUGGUCGAGGUGGCCCCCGAGAGCGAGGAGCAGGCCAAGGAGUGGGACGCCAUGGAGGACAGCGCGCGCGAGAAGGCGGUGCUGGACGUGGCGCGCCGCGCCGCGCUGAGCGAGGCGGUCCGGCUGGCCACCGAGAUCUGCGAGGGCGGGCCGAUCGCGAUCCGCGCCGCGAUCCGCGCCGUCGAGGAGCCGAGAGAGGCGGUCGAGAAUCAGAUGUACGAGCGGGUGGUCGGGACGGAGGAUCGGGACGAGGCGCUGCGCGCGUUUGCGGAAAAGAGGAAGCCUGUCUUCAAGGGGAGGUGAUGGUCGGCAUGGGCGGAUAGUUAAUUGGGUCGCGAAGAUGGAGAAAAACCCGUCGGCGUGAGUGGAUCGUGGGAGAAAAAACCGACGGCAUGCGUAUCACCGCAGUCGUUCGACAUCCAAUGAUGUAAAAUAUCGAGACUAGUUCUCGAAGCAGCCUGGGCAGCAUACCCUGCUUCGCUGGUUACAUCUCCUCCAGCGAGAAAGAGGCCAGCCUGUGAAGUCAGGCACCAUGU